AUGCCAGAAACGACGGUAACAGACCAACCUCUUCCAGGUGAAAUAGAGGGCACGCAAGCUGUCGAUGAGCAGUCACAAAUUGGAGGAGACAAACCUCCACAUCCAGAGUUUGACAAAGCUGUUAACGAUAAGGAUACGUCUCAAGAAGCACCGAAUCUAGGCCAAGAACGCAGAAGAAGUAAGACUUCUCGAGCCUGCGAUCAAUGCCGUGAGAAAAAGACCAAAUGCGAUUUUGGCGAGGAUAACAACAACCAGUCCUGCUCUACAUGCCAAAAGCUGGGCAAAUCGUGUACUUUUGCACGCGUACCGAUGAAAAGGGGACCCAUAAAAGGCUACACGCGUCAGAAUGAAGGACCCGAGCCCUACGAAUCUGGUCGCAGGGGAUCCCGAAAAAGAAGCUCCUCCGAAUCUUUUCAGGAUGACAGCAAUAAAAACAAGAAUGACUUAGUAUCUCUGCCGCCACUCAAUCAGUAUUUACCUUCCUCUGGAACACAGGCGAGAGUUCACCCGCUAGUUGCCCCCGGAUCUCAACCCCAGCAGCAGUUUUGGAAAGUGCCAUAUCAUGAAUAUCAAUACCAAAGACGAGACUCCGUGAAUUCGCUCACGAGUAAUAGCUCCCACCGGCGUGGCUCAGAUCAAUUCACAUAUGCUGCUUCGAAUGCUUCUUCUGCGUCACCAUUCUACCCACUUACACAACCGCCUUUCAAUUCGCAAAUGCAACAUACACCAAUGUUUGAGUCUGAGUCGCCUCACGAUCCUCGAGUUUCGCCCAACCUUCCGACUUUGCAGAGAGCUCCCUCAAACUCUGGAAAUCCGUCACAGUAUCCAUAUUCCCAGUUUAGCAUAUCAACACAGCAGCCUUCUCAACAGUCUUACUUCACAGUACAGCAUCACUUGCAACAGCAGCCACUUUCUAAUGGACAGCAUUUCAAGGAAUUCGAUCGAGGGUUUCACUCGCGGAAGAAUAGUGACGUCAGUGUGGCGCUGUCUCCCAGUUCAUCCAUACAGAUACCACCUCCACAGGCUGCCACAAUACACUCCAUUGAGCGGGAGCUACCGCCUCAAACCAAUUCGUUUCAAAUCGAUGCACGAGUUGAGGACACUACAAAGAAUCAGGAACCUUCGACAAGACCUCAUGGAUCAUCCGUCAGUGGGCACAAGAAAAGCACUAAGAGAUCAAACUCAACUACCAAAAGAAGCGCAUCACACAGUUCCGGAGAGUCCCAAAUCUCUUCUUGUCAUCCGAUUGUCACUUACGGAAAGAUUCCUGAUAAUCAACUGAUAGACAUAUAUUUCGAGUUCAUUCAUCCCUCUUUCCCAGUAAUUCCCAUCAACAAACAAACGCUAACUGAUGAACUUUUGAUGAUUAACACCCAGCCAGUAAGUCAUAUUCACGAGCUGAAUUGCUAUAUUUUACAUUGGUUCAGAAAUUCACUAGAAUUACUCGUCCGCGUGGCAUUGAAAAAGCCAUCCGGUUCUGCUUACGACUAUAGUGAUGGUGUCGUUGAUGUUUUUGAUUCACAAACAACUUUCAUCGCCGCAUUAAAUGAGAGCUUUCAGAGAGUGGUUGACAUACACCCAAGGCUUCGAGAAAAUGAGGAAAUCUUAUCAUUGAAGAUUAAAUUCAUUUACCUGUCCACUUUUACUAUAUUGAAUUAUGUCUUGGCGUUUGUUGGAUAUGACAAUUCAUUUGUCUUAGGGAUGUCUGUUACCAUUUACAAUGAACUAAAAAUGUAUCGAUAUUUGAUGGAAGACGAGAAGGAAAAUGAAGCAACACUCUCAAAUGACGAGGGCUUUCACCUGUUGUUCAAACGAUUAUAUAUGAUACUCGCGAUUUUUGAUUCUCUGCAAAGUUGUGCGUUUGGGGUUCCUAAAUUGAUGAGCGUGCCUUUGGCAGAUAUACUUCCAGAGACGUUCUCCUACAGUGUAGACAAAUGGAGCGUAGAGUUGGACAAGUCCAAAUUCGAGAGCAUACGACAGAGCCUUAUGUUAGGCGACAUUUUAUCCCGUUUGUCAAUGGGCCGCAAGAGUAUGAGCGCCAAGAUAUCGAAACCAGGGCUCAAGAUAAAAGUAGAAGAUCAGCCUGAACACGGUGCGGCGUCGCUUUUCGCACAGCUACUGCUUGAAAAGCAUGAACUUACGGAAAGUCAUAUAACACUGCAAGAAUUGAAGGUGGAGCGUAUUUCGCAGCUGUGCUACGGGAUAUGUAAGCUUGUCACGUCGAUGCAACGUCUACUGACCGCCAUUAUGAGGACAAACCCAACCAACAGUAUUGAUCCGAAGAAUAGGCCACCAUUACUUGCUACAGAUUACAUGACAGAACGAAAACCCUCAGCACCAACUGCAUCUGCUACCACAACCGCAACCGCCGAAACCGACGCAACCACUACAGAUUCUGACAUGUACAAAAAGCUCCUAGGACUCAACGGCGGUGCAGAGAUUGAGCUAGCUCAAGGAACAGUAUCCCCCUUUAUCGUGUCGAUGGUUGCUGAUGUGUCAAACACAUUAGAGUUAGUGAAAAACGUUCCGACAGUGCUUAUUGGGCUAGUGGUACAUCGACUUCCCCAAACGCCACGAGAAGAAUCAUCCAAAGAGUCAAACACACGGACUUCCGAAGGACACUCGGAUUCCCAGCAUUUAGUUUUAGCGCUAUCAAACGCCAUGGGUGAGUUGGUGCAGAUAACGAGUUUGCUGGCCCUGCUAAAACCCUACAAAAUGUUUGAACACACACCGCGAGCGCAGCGAGCUACUUCGAAAACUCUCUCUACCCGACUACGUCAUAAAUAUGCAUCUGUGCGGCAGCAGGUUGACGGACCAUUAGCCAAAGACUCGUUCGCCCCGCUCUCUGACGCGAUGUGGGGACUUUUGAGCAUUCAAGAAUUUGGGUGGCUAUAG